AUGAUUUAUCUAUAACUAAAUGGAAUUAUUUUAUUGUUUUGUCUUUUACCUGGGUUUCCUCUUAAACUGAUACUGUGACGAUGCUCUUUUUUUAAUUCAGAGAAACGGAGAUGAGGAACUCGAUUUUAGCGCAAGUACUGGAUCAGUCUGCUCGAGCACGAUUAAGCAAUCUUGCAUUGGUGAAGCCUGAGAAGGCCAACGCAGUCGAGAACUAUCUUAUUCAGAUGGCACGAUUUGGAAAGCUGGGAGGAAAGAUUUCUGAGUCUGGAUUAAUUGAGAUCCUAGAAAAAAUCAGCCAGCAAACGGAGAAAAAGACAACGGUUACAUUCAACAGACGGAGGGUGAUGGACUCGGACGACGAGGAUGAUUACUGAGUUUUGACUGAAGCCCUGGAAUCUGACAAAAAAAAAAGAUCCAGGAAGUGAUCUGCAUUGCCGGGACUCUGCAAAGAUCUCUGAAUUGUGUAUUUAUAUAAAAUACACACGUUUCCUUUCCUUGGAAUGGAUACAUUAAACAGAAGAACAAGGACAAUAGGUUAAUAUUUUCUGUGUUGAGGGUGGUUUCAGAAAAGUACAGAGUGUUAACGAAGGCUCUUUUGUAAUCUCUUCUCACUCAAGUUGCUACAAAUUUGUACAGCUUGUGAUGUGCCCAUGAUAGCUGAAAGCACUCUGACUCCUCUUCACAAAAUUUUCUUUAUGGUUAAAGUCUGUUUUACAAACAGAGCGAGGCAGACUGCUGGAGAUUAACUCAUCUGAACUGUUCUGUAAUCUUAUUUACUCAAAGCUAACAUCCUGGUAGCUUUGAUCAUUGCUCUUACAUAGUUUUCUUGUUGCAGACUCGUAUUGCUAAAGUUUUCAUUAAAAUAAU